AUGGCUUAUAACAAUAGCCUUCUCCUCAUUGUGACACUCUCCUCUCUCCUCCUUUCAGGCCAUGCCUAUCGAUACACAGGGAAGUCUAUCUGGUUCACUAAUCCAGCCCCCGCUCCGGCCCCCGUCCCGGUCACGGUCACAUUUGAAACCACCGAUCCAGUUAACGGCUUCUUCAGCGGCUUGAACUUGAACCUCAAGCUCGAAGCUAACGGUGAUGAUGCAAAAAUCAAGGCCCAGGUCGAUAAUUUCUGCAAUGGCGUGGAGAACCCUGGGUUAUGUGCCGAAACCAUUGUACCACUCGUGAAGGGCCAAUUGGAUCCACUCAAGGUCCUUGACACUCAGAUGAGCGCCACCCUCAACCGCACCUUGGAGGUUGUGGCUGAGAUCGCCAAAUUACUGAAGAGCCAAAAGAAGCCAGUGGGUGCUCUGGACGUCUGCAAGGAGUGCUAUGACUCCGCAGUAGAUACCAUCAAUGAAUCUAUUGAGCUCGUGAAGCAGUACAACGUGGUUGAUGCUUACCACAGGUUCAGCAAUGUUAAUGGUUACAGCGGAACCUGCGAUGAUACUUUCGCUGAAUUGGAAGUCACUAACCCUAUUCCCAAGGAGGCUGUUGAUGAUGUUCGUCAACAUGUCAGUAAAACCUUGGUAGUCCUUAAUGCCUGGGUUAAUAACCAAAACAAGUUCCUUGUUUAA